AUGGCCAAAAUUAAGGCUCCGGACCUUACUGGCAUGAAGGAGGAGCUGCUAAAACACCUGGAUGAUCUGAAGGAGCUGUGUGUAGCCAAAGUGACAGGCAGCGCAGCUUCCAAGUUUCCAAAGAUCCGAGUUGUUGGCAAGUCUAUCACCCGUGUUCUUACCAUCAUUAACCAGACGCAGAAAGAAAGCCUCAGGAAAUUCUACCAGGGCAAGGAGUACCAGCCCCUGGAUCUGCGGCCCAAGAACACAUGUGCCAUGCGCCUCCAUCUCAACAAGCAUGAAAAGAAUCUAAAGACCAAGAAGCAGCAGCAGCAGGAGCAGCUAUACCCCCUGCAGAAGUACACAGUCAAGGCCUGA